AUGUUACACUGGAAUGAGGAAGUGGAGUGGAAAGGGGCGGGGCUACGAGCCGAGUUUCAUCCCGCAGCGUCUCUGCGAGCAGCACAUGGAGCAUCAGCCCGGGACUGGGAGAGCUGUGUACUGGCAGCCCACGGGAGAGCAGAUAAUCAUAGAAACAUGGAAACAGAUGAGGUGCAGGAUAUGGCCCAGAUGUCAGGAAAUCCCCCAAGUCCUACCUUAAGUGAUAGCUUGGAUGACACGGAUGAACCCAUGCCUAUGCCUGAAGAUCUCUCCACCAAUGCAGGAUCACAACAAAAUGCGAAGAGUGAGAAAUUACUCGCUGAUAAUAUUAAAGUAGAGACUCACAGUGAUGAGGAGAAUGGUCGUGCUUGUGAAAUGAAUGGCGAAGAAUGCGCAGAAGAUUUACGAAUAAUCGAUGCAGCAGGGGAGAAAAUGAAUGGCGCGCUGAAUGGACAGGGCACCAAAGCCUUGACAGGAGUUGGAGGUAUUCGACUUCCUAACGGAAAACUAAAAUGUGAUAUCUGUGGGAUAAUAUGCAUCGGCCCCAAUGUACUCAUGGUACACAAAAGAAGCCACACUGGGGAACGUCCUUUCCAAUGCAACCAAUGUGGCGCCUCCUUUACCCAGAAAGGCAAUCUUCUGCGGCAUAUCAAAUUACACUCUGGUGAAAAGCCCUUUAAGUGUCACUUGUGUAACUACGCAUGUAGGCGCAGAGAUGCACUCACUGGCCAUCUCAGGACACAUUCAGUAGGUAAACCACAUAAGUGUGGAUAUUGUGGUCGCAGUUACAAACAACGCAGCUCUUUGGAAGAACAUAAGGAGAGAUGCCACAAUUACCUGCAAAGCAUGGGACUACAAAAUAGCCUCUACACAGUAAAAGAAGAGACAAACCAGGCUGAAAUGGCUGAAGAUCUUUCCAAGCUUGGCUCUGAGAGAUCUCUUGUUCUGGACAGAAUUGCAAGUAACGUUGCCAAACGUAAGAGCUGUAUGCCUCAGAAAUUUGUUGGGGAGAAGCGGUUAUCAGAUCUCCCAUUUGAUGCCAGUGCUAAUUAUGAGAAGGAGAGUGACAUGAUGCAGACACAUGUCAUGGAUCAGGCAAUCAACAAUGCUAUUACAUAUCUGGGUGCAGAAUCUUUGCGUCCUCUGGUGCAGACCCCACCAGGUGGUCCUGAAGUUGUUCCAGCCAUAAACACAAUGUAUGCCCUACAUAAGCCUCACCCUGACAUUGCCUCCCAUCCUAACCAAGCAGCACAUGAAAGUGCAGUGGAAAAUUUACUGCUGCUUUCCCAGGUUAAAUCCAUCUCUUCUGAAAAGGGGGUAUCACCAAGCAAUAGCUGCCAAGAUUCCACAGACACUGAAAGCAACAAUGAUGAAAGGGGAGGCCUUAUUUAUCUCACGAAUCACAUGACCCCUCAUCCUAGAAAUGGGCUUUCUCUAAAAGAAAAUAAGGCAUUUGAUGUGUUUAGGGCUGCCAGUGACAAUUCACAAGAUGCUUUUAAAGUGAUCAGUAACAAUGGAGAACCACUGAAAAUUCACAAGUGUGAGCACUGCCGAGUUAUUUUCUUAGAUCAUGUGAUGUACACUAUCCACAUGGGUUGUCAUGGCUUCCGUGACCCAUUUGAGUGCAACAUGUGUGGUUACCAGAGCCAGGACAGGUAUGAAUUUUCAUCACAUAUAACCCGAGGGGAGCAUCGUUUCAACAUGGGUUGAGCCUUACUUAGCUUUGUCAG